AUGUUGUUCACACUUUCCUCACAGACGCUGUUCCUGCAAGAUAAUGCCAUCGGUCAGAUCCGCCGGCAGGACCUGAGCCCGCUGGCACACCUGCGCUACCUCUACCUGCAGAACAACAGUAUCUCUGCGGUGGAGCCGGGCUCAUUCCAGUCGCAGGCGCAGCUGCUGGAGCUGGCGCUUGAUGGGAACAGGAUCCGGUCCGUGACAGCUGACACCUUCCGGGGACUGCGCCACCUGCGCAUCCUCUACCUGGCCGCCAACCACAUUGCGCGACUGCUGGACUUCACAUUUCGUGGCCUGCAGCGGCUGCAGGAGCUGCACCUGCAGCACAACGGCGUGGAGGCGGUGGGUGACCAGGCGCUGGCCGGUCUGGCCUCGCUGGCGCUGCUGGACCUGAGCGGGAAUCGCCUGCACACCAUGGCGGCCGCUGCACUGCGGCCGCUGCUCAGCCUACAGGUGCUGCGCGUCACCGAGAACCCAUGGCGCUGCGACUGCGCCCUGCACUGGCUUCGGAGCUGGAUGGAUGACGAGGGCCGGCGGCUGCUUAGCUCGUCUGAGCGCCGGCGCCUGCGCUGCCGUGAGCCGCCACGACUCUCGCGCCUGGGCUUGUUGGAGGUGCCGCCCAACAGCCUGGUUUGCAUCCCGCCCCUGGUGCAGCUGGAGCCCCGACGUAUGGCCGUGCGCCUGGGCGACAGUCUGCGCGUCUCCUGCCACGCCUCCGGAUACCCGCGCCCGCAGAUGGAUGGAGUCGUGGAUGGUUGGUGGACGGCCACGAUAGCCCAACAAGGCUGCGGCGUCAGCAAGGAGGUGGCGGAGUCAUGUUUUGGGCCGGAAUCAUGGGGAGAGAGCUGCUUGGCCCCUUUAGGGUCCCUGAAGGCGUGAAAAUGACGUCUGUAAAGUAUGUGGAGUUUCUGAGUGACCACUUUCGUCCAUGGUACAACAGGAAGAACCGUGCUUUCCGUAGCAAAAUCAUCUUCAUGCACGACAAUGCACCAUCUCAUGCUGCAAGAAAUACUUCAGCAGCUUUGGCUGCUAUGGGACUGAAGGGAGAGAAACUGAUGGUGUGGCCCCCAUCCUCCCCUGACCUCAAUCCUAUUGAAAACUAUUGGAGCAUCGUCAAGCAGAAGAUCUACGAGGGUGGGAGGCAGUUCACUUCCAAACAGCAGCUCUGGGAGGCUAUUCUGACAUCCUGCAAAGAAAUUCAACCAGAAACUGUCCAAAAACUCACAAGGUCAAUGGAUGCAAGAAUUGUGAAGCUGCUAUUAAAUAAAGGCUCCUAUGUUAAAAUGUAACUUGUUUGUUUUUGAUUGAAAAAUCCGCCGGCCAAAGAGGGGGCGCGGACGCGAAACUCACGCCGGGCAGGAGAGCUCGA